CCUGAAUGAGGAGACGUUUUAUGGCCCUGACUGCGUCUGCCCACAGAAGAAACCCCACCUGGACUCGGAGGUGACAUCGCCUGGGGUGGGCAUCCAGGUGAUGGUGACCAACCAACACCCUGUCAGGAUCUUUCGCCGGGCCGCCGUCCUUGUGGUGGCCAUGACCAAGCUCCUGAAGCGGCCAGCGCACAGGGACUUUGCUGACAGUGACCUUGGGGACUUCCUGGAUAAUAUUUUCGAUCCCGUCUCCUUCCAGCAGAUUGAGAGCAGCUACGCCGGGGCACCUGUCUACCGCUACACCCGCUCCCAGUCCUUCGACAUCCUCGACAUUGACCAAAAGUGCUUUGUGCUGGAGUCGCCCACCCAGCUGGUGGCCCUGCACCUGCAGGGACCCUCUGCGGGGCGGAAAGUGAAGCUCAACAUUGCUCUGUACCGUACCCGGUCAUCACAGGGUGGCCCGGGGACUGGGCGGAUGCCGGUGGCAUUGGGCAUCAAGGGCUACCAACUCUACAUGUCAUGUGUGAUGAGCGGCACCAAGCCCGUGCUGCAGCUGGAGGAAGCUGACAUCAGGAGGGACAUCGAGAGCGUGGAGCUGACCCGCUUCAUCUUCUACCGCCUGGACAGCCCAAAUGAAGGGACCACCCGCUUCGAGUCAGCCGCCUUCCCCGGCUGGUUCAUCUGCACCUCCCUGCCGCCUCGCCAGCCCGUCGGCAUCACCAACCAGCCUGAUCAGGUCAACAUCGCCACCUACGAGCUGAGCAGUCGCUGA